UCCAACUGAAAGCACCGCACUCACCAUGAACACCAAGGUUUUCAUCCUUCUGGGUCUCGCAGCCAUUGCUGCUGCUGGCAGCUUCGAAUCCUUCGAAUACAGGCCACCAAGUAGGUCCUCUCAUUCCUUCGAGUCGUACGAGUCAGGUGAGGCCAAGUACGACUUCAACUGGGCCGUCAGCCAUGAUCCCUCAAGCAACGAGUUCGGACACCAAGAGGCCCGUGACGGCGACCACACACAGGGAUCCUACUACGUGCAGCUCCCCGACGGCCGCCUUCAGACUGUUAAGUACUUCGUGGACGGCGACUCCGGCUACGUGGCUGAGGUCAACUACGAGGGCGAGGCUUCCUUCGAAUCUGGUUCAUCCGAAUCUCGUGAAUACAGAUACGUGUACGACUCCAACGAGUCCAAGUAAACCAAUUGAACGAAGCUGACUUGUGAUAUUCGUUGAGGACAACUGCAAAGCUUAUUAUUUAUGAUAUGCAAAUAUUUAUUAAAGUUUAAAUGAAAUAU